AUGGAAGGUUUAGUCUCUACAACUGAUUCUAUUUAAGCAAAUUGCAAGUUUGUUACAAGGCUAGAAAAACUAAAGAAACUUUUUGAUCAAAGUCUACAAUAAAAAGAUCAAUAAAAUAUCAUAUUUUAAUAAUCCUACAUUGUUAUACCUGAUUGGCCUGAUAUCUUCAAUUCUUAUAAGGAAAUCGAAAAGGCACAUAAUGAGUUUAAUUUGAAUAAUAUUGGAAAAUGGAAAAAAAUGGAUUAAUCUGAAAUAGACUUACUUAAUAUUAUUGUUAAAUUGUAUUGUGAUGUCCAAAAGCUUCAACCUCUUUUAAUGGUAAAUAAAAUUGUAAAGUUUAGGAUGUUUUUGAUUGGGAUUAGAUAGGAUCAAUUUUAUUCAAUAGACAUUGGAAAGUUUGCAGGAGUAAAUGGAUGGAGAGUUAAGCAACUUCUAUAGUAGAUCAUCCUUGGACUAGAGAAGAGGAUGCAGUAUUAAGUUAGCUUUAUGAAAAUUAUGCAGAAUAGAAUAGAUAUAAUAAAUGGAGUUUAAUAGCCAUGGAAAUGAGCAAGAUUUGCAAAUCAUCUCAUGUGAGAUUGGGUAAAUAAUGCAGAGAGCGAUGGAUAAAUAAAUUGAAUCCAUAAGUAGAGAAGUAUAAUAAUGUUUAAUACGUUUAUUAGGGGUCCAUGGUACAAAGAAGAGGAAAUUAAGUUAUUGGUUGCUAUUCUAAAUCAUGGAAAGAAGUGGUCAUUAAUUUCAAGGAUAGAUUUUAAUAAUCAAAGAACAGAAAAUUGUUUAAAGAAUAGAUUUCAUACAAUAAUAAAAAGAGAAUCAUCAAAAUUUGAUAAGAACUAAACGCAAAAUUAGAAAUAAAACUUAUAAAAAUAAAGCUUUGAAGAUGAAUAAAAAUUAAUCGAAUAUAUAAUUCAAGAAUUGAAGGAGGAAUCCCUAUAUCAAUAACAGUCUGAUUUAUGUAAUAAGGUUGGGAAAAAAUAUAAUAUUUCAUAAUCAAAUCAGCUUCUAGAAUAUAUCGACAAUACCUUUCAGAUUGCGAUAAUAAAGAAAAAUAAGAUCAAUUAAAUAUUUUGA